UCUCAGAAGUCAGGUACGGUUCUUACCAGGGAGCUGCAGUCCCGCCAGUAAAGGAUCACCGGUUAAGAGAUGCCGAUUCCCCCAUCUGGAUCCCGGAUCGCCUUAUCCGACCUGCAAAGGGAGAAAAGAAGGUGCAAGCGCCGCUAGAGGAAGCAACAGAAGAAACUGGUGACAGAAAUGAAGAAGAUGAAACUCGGCAGCGAGAAACCGAAAGUGAUUUGGUCGCAGAUUCGGCUUCUGACUCAGAACGCGAAGAAGCUGCUAAUUGAGCAGGGAAAACCCCUCACCGCUUCAUUUUAUUUCAUUGCCUUUUUGUCUUUGAUCUCUGCUCCACUCCCGGUAGCUCAGGGAGUUUCCUAUUGGGCGUAUGUUCCUAAUCCCCCGAUUAUUCAGCCAGUAGGAUGGCUUUAUCAGGAACCCAUCAAAGUGUUGACAAAUGAUUCAGUCAGGUUGGGUGGAGCUCAAGAUUCUGACGCCCGAAGCAGCUCCUCCUCUUUAAUAAAUUUUGAGGGCAGAGCAGAUUCACUACCAAUCUGCCUGACGCUGCAAGGGAAAGUGCCUUACGGCUGCUUUCCGACAUCUUAUAGAACCUUCCUGACUGACGGUCCAGACAAAGCGAGUGCUGCUCUAGUUCAAGAAAUUCAUACUGCUCAUUAUGUGAAUACUCUUAAUAAGAAUAUCACUAUGGCAUCCUGCCCCCGACUUCCCUUCUGGACCAGAGUGCAACAGGACGUGUUCGAGCUUCAUUUUAAAAACAGAAAAGGGGGAACUGCUACGCCCACAGCUGUGACACAUGUGUAGCUGUAGCAAAGCAUGCCGCUGCGCUGGAGUCAGGCAGCUGAAGGGCUGAGGUUGAAGCUUCCUGGAGCGGGGCCUCAGGCAGUUUCCCCUGCAAUCAGCAGUCGCCAUGCAGCCUGAGGAUUCCAGGAGGCCCUGGAGGACAAGAUGGCCUUGGCGACAGUCCUUGUUGGCACUAAUCAUGCUUUUUCUCUGUAUGUCUUUUCUGUGUCGGGGGGAGGGGGGGCGUUGGUGGACAGCCCCUAGGUGGACCCCUGAGAGUGGAAAUUACCUAGAGCUGCUCCCAUAUAUGGGAGGCUAUGAUGAAGUUGGGAAUAGAUGAGUGAAUCAUGAAGGAAAGAAACAACUUUGGAGUGAUUUGCCUUUUAUGGAAAGGCUAGCCAGGACUAGAAAGCCUUGGUGCCUUUAUAGUAAGGAAGAAAGACAGCAGAUCAUAGAAAAUAUGAAGCCAGCCCUAAGGUAUUGGUAUAGAAGGGUAUAUGACAACUGGAAGGAUAAGUGGAUAUAUAGGAGUGAGGAAGAAAUAAAUGAAAUUAUACAAAAAGUAUAUAGAGGGUGAGUUAAACCUUGGCUGGUAAAAAUCUAGUUCCCACAGAUGUGGUCUUUGGCGUGAGACAGAUUUCACAAAAUUCUGAGAUCAUGCCCUUAAGCAACAACCGCAAUGAACUCCAAGCUGCGGAAGUGAUACACAGAAAUAGAUACUGAUGUGCUUUGUUAUUGUCUCUUGCACUACACAGAAAUAGAUACUGAUGUACUUUGUUAUUGUUUUUUGCUGAUUCUGAAGUAAUUGUAAAAGUUAACAGUCUGAUGUAACCCCCUGCCAAGUUCCUUGAUUGUAAAAGAAUAUAAGCACUGAUUUUGCAGAAGUAAAUCUGCAGCAGCACAUCAACA